UUCCUAUCAGUGACUCAUUCCAUGAAGCAGGUCAUUCAAACUGACACAGAAAAUACUUGUACAAGUAAUUCUGUUUAACUUGUUCUUUCACCUUGUGUAGCUUUCAAGAGUAUAAUUACAGUUUAUUUAAAAACAAUGCUUCAGAUAUUUGUUUCUGCUGUUUUCCUCCUGGCUGUACUUAUAUCCAGCCCGACCACAGCAAUUAAAAAAAGGCAACCUCAAACCCUGUCAAGAGGUUGGGGAGACGAUUUAACAUGGGUUCAAACCUAUGAAGAAGGGCUAUUCAAGGCAAGGAAAAGCAACAAGCCAUUAAUGAUUAUCCACCACUUGGAAGACUGUAAAUACUGUAACGCACUGAAACAAGUUUUUGCUGCAAAUCAAGAAAUCCAGGAGAUGGCAGACAAAGAUUUCAUCAUGUUAAAUCUUAUGCAUGAAACCACAGACAAGAACCUUGCACCAGAUGGUAAAUAUGUGCCCCGGAUUUUAUUUGUAGAUCCCUCUAUGACUGUGAGAGCUGAUAUUGCAGGGAGGUACACAAACCGUCUCUAUACAUAUGAACCUCAAGACAUUCAACUAUUGAUUAGUAACAUGAAGAAAGCAAAACGUUUGCUAACAUCUGAGCUAUAAAGAAGAAGAGCAAUGCUACUUGUUCUAAUGUGAGAGAGAGGAAAGAGGGUUUUAUUUCCUUGUACAUACAAGUUAAUCUGAGUUACUGCUUCAUGCUGAUUAAUACUCAAAGUCAAUCUGCAAGAAUGUACGCAAUGCCUUAAUUUUCAUUUCUGGUACAGAAGGUACAUGAUGAUUAAUAAACAUUUGAAU